CCCCUUCGCUUUUUCAAUCGUUGAAAGAUGCGGAAAGAACUCGCGAUCGCUGCGGCGGCGCGCUACUUCUCGGCCGAGGCCCCGGCGAUUCCCUUUGCUUCUGGUGCCGGCGCUGGUGAAAAGGGUAAGGAUACGCUGGGCCGGCGACUGCUGAAGCUAAUAUACCCGAAGAGGAGCGCGGUGGUGGUGCUCCGGAAGUGGGCGGAGGAGGGGAAGAGCAUUCAGAAGUACCAGCUCAGCCGCGUUGUCCGUGAACUUCGUAAGUACAAGCGCUUCAAGCAUGCCCUCGAAAUAUGUGAAUGGAUGAGAACUCAAAAUGACAUCAAGUUGCUACCAGGAGACUAUGCUUUGCAUUUGGAUCUAAUAGCAAAGGUUCGUGGCUUAGCUAGCGCGGAGAAAUUUUUUGAAGACCUCCCUGAAAGAAUGAAGGGGCAGUCUACCAGCUCGGCUCUCCUCCACACGUAUGCCCAAAACAAUCUCCCCAUGAAGGCCGAGUCUCUAAUGAAGGAAAUGUCAGUUAAUGGUCUUCUAAGGUGUUCCCUUCCUUACAACCAUAUGAUGUCCCUUUACCUUUCCAGAGGGGAACUUGAGAAGAUACCAAAAGUGGUUGAGGAGUUGAAGAGGAAUACCAGUCCUAAUGAAGUCACUUAUAAUCUCUGGUUACGUUCAUAUGCUGUUAAAGAUGAUGCAGAGGGUGCCGAAAAGGUCUUUCUUGAGAUGAGAACAAGAAAAAUAGCUGCUGAUUGGGUUACAUACAGCACAAUGGCCAGCAUCUACAUCAAAGCCAACCUUCUUGAGAAAGCGAAGGAAGCACUAAAAAAGAUGGAAAUGAAGGUCACAAGGAAAGAGAGGUCUGGUUACUGUUCUCUUCUUAGCUUGCAUGCAAGCCUAUCUAAUAGAGAUGAAGUGGACCGAAUCUGGAACAAAAUGAAGUCCUUGUUCAGGAAAAUGAGUGAUUUCGAAUACAAGUGCAUGCUUUCAUCUCUGACAAAGUUGGAUGAUAUUAAAGAGGCCGAGAACAUCUACAGUGAAUGGGAAUCAAUGUCAGGAACGGGGGAUUCUAGGGUUCCAAAUAUUCUGCUGGCAUUUUACACCAAGAAUGGGAUGAUGGAGAAAGCCGAAAGUUUCCAUGAGCACACAAUACAAGUAGGAAUAAAGCCUUGUUACACUACUUGGGAGAUUCUAGCUAUGGGUUAUUUGAAUAAGAAGAAUAUGGGCAAGGUCUUAGAUUGUCUAGAGAAAGGCUUCUCAAGCCUGGAGAAAUGGGAGCCAAACAAGGUGCUUGUCCAAGCAGUAUUCACUAAGCUUGAGAAGUUGGCAGAUAUUGAAGGUGCAGAACGGUUUUUGGUCAUGCUUCGCAAUGCAGGAUAUGUGACAACCGAAAUCUACAACUCCCUGCUCCGGACUUAUGCAAAAGCUGGUAAAAUGCCUCUUAUAAUCUCUGAACGCAUGGAAACCGAUAAUGUUCAGCCAAAUGAAGAAACUCAGAGGUUGAUAAAAUUGACCAGCAGAUAUUGUGUAGGUUCAGUAUCAACACUAAUUUCUUGAUUAGAUUUUCUUUCUUUUAUUCUGUCUAUUUAAUUGAAAAACCUCAUUGCAGCAGUUUUGAUAGCACAGGAAGAAUGUCUUGUUGAGUAGUAUAUAUUAAACCAAGCAUAUAUACUCCUUGAGAGGAUUUCAGUAUUAGCUUCGUCCAAGUAAUUUUAUGGCUAUAGUUGUUUCAUGUUUGGUGCUAGGUAAUGUAUUUGAAGAUUCAUUGUACAUGAAUACAAAAGGCAACAAGUAUGUCACAGUAUGUGGAGUGUUCCUAGGAUGUCAUAA